CCGCUCGUCCGGCCGCGCCAUGUCGCAGAAGCCGAGGCCCCGCGGCCACCCGAGCGACCGGGCCUGGGCCCGCGGCGCCGGCGACCAGGAGGCCCCCAGCACGUCCCGCGGCGCGGCGGCGGCGCUGCAGGCCGCCCGGCGCCCCGAGGGCUCCCCGUCGCUCGGGCCGCGCAGCCCGAAGCAGCUGGAGCUGAAGGUGGCCGAGCUGGUGCAGUUCCUGCUCGUCAAGGACCAGCGGAAGAUCCCCAUCCGGCGCGCCGACAUCCUCAAGCACGUCGUGGGCGACUACAAGGACGUCUUCGGCGAGCUGCUGCGGCAGGCGGCCGAGCGGCUGCGCGACGUGUUCGGCUACCGGCUGGUGGAGCUGGAGCCCCGCAGCAGCACCUACAUCCUGGUCAACACGCUGGAGCCCGUGGAGGAGGACGCCGAGGUGCGCGGCGACCAGGGCACGCCCACCGCCGGCCUCCUCAUGAUCGUGCUGGGCCUCAUCUUCAUGAAGGGCAACUCCGUCAAGGAGACGGAGGUGUGGGACUUCCUGCGGCGCCUGGACGUGCACCCCACCAAGAAGCACCUCAUCUUCGGCGACCCCAAGAAGCUCAUCACCGAGGACUUCGUGCGCCAGCGGUACCUGGACUACCGGCGCAUCCCGCACACCGACCCCGUGGACUACGAGCUGCAGUGGGGCCCGCGCACACUCCUGGAGACCAGCAAGAUGAAGGUGCUCAAGUUCGUGGCCAAGGUGCACAACCAGGACCCCAAGGACUGGCCGGCGCAGUAUUGCGAGGCCCUGGCCGACGAGGAGGCGCGCUCGCGACCCCAGCUCAGCAGCUCGGCGCCCCCUGCCACCGCCUCCUCCGCCUCCUCCUCCGCCUCCACCGCCGCCUCCGCCUCCUCCUCCUCCUCCUCCUCCGCCUCCACCGCCACCAACCUCGCCUCCUUCUUGGCGAAUGCCAAGAGCUAGACCGCAGGGAGCCUCGGGCUCGAGGGGGGUCCCAGAGGCGAGGAGCUGUGGGUAGGAGACUUACGGGGCCUUGGGAUGGGUUUUUGCAGACUUCGGUUGUUUUCGUAUAAGUUAUUGGGCCCCAGAGUUCCGUUUAUGAGAACUGGAGAGGGGGAUUUACUUGCUUUGGUUGUGCUCUCGACUCUUUGGGAGGAGUUCGCUUCGUUUCUUUGGCCAGCUAUAGUUGGAAAACUUGUCUGUAAACCAGGCUGCGGGGCAGAUGUUUCCAGAGGCUCGCCUGAAAUUGCUUUGGUGCCAACAAUUAUCUGUGGCCUUUGAACAAUCCCUGUUUACAAAAGAAAUAAAAUCAUUUUUAUAUUAACAAGAACAUUAUAGCCUGUUACCAUUUUAUUAACCUCAACAGCCACUUUAUAUUGUAUUGACUGUACAUCAAAGUGUGAUUCCU